AUGUCAUAUUUCGAUGGCGAACAAGGUCGCACUCAAGCCGAAACAAUGGAGAUUGCCGUUGCACUCAUAUGUCAACUUCCAUUGCAACAAGAGAAUUAUUUACGAAUAAAAAAGCAAGUCGACCAAAUUAUUCAUCGACAUGAGAUUUUAUUUACGGGAAUGGUUCGAAAACUUGAUUCACUAUCGAAAACAAUCGACAGGAAUGAAAUGAACCGGCAAGAUAUCAUCGAUGAUCUUCUCUGUCGCGAUUUAACAAGAAUCUUUAAUUGUUUAAUUCAAAACGAUAAUGUCACCUGGGGCAAAAUUAUUACUAUUUUUGCAUUUAGUACAUUUAUCGCAAGAAAACACAAUGAUAUUGCUGAUAGAAUUGCCUGUGUUACAGGCCAAUAUGUAGUCAAACGUUUAACAAGUUGGAUUCGAGAUCAUGGCGGUUGGGACAGUAUGGUUUUUAUGGAUUGUACAGCUGAUACUGAUAGUUUGAAUACACUUUUAACGUUUUCUUUGACUUGUAUCGGUUUAAGUUUAAUUGGUUUAUUUCUCGUCUUGCGCUAG